AUGCGCCAGUUUGAGAACAUCCGCAAUGCUAGCGGGUCAGCUGCUGGUUUAGCUGCCGUCGCUGGCAUCGUAAAGGGAACCGGGAUUGGGGGCACCAGCAUCCAAUCCUUGGUCUCACAUUUGCCUCUUGGGUGGUGGGGCAUUGGCGCGAUAUUUCUCGGUGGGAUCAUCGUAGGUAGCUGCGCACAGUCCGACACCAAGACCAGUUCCAAAAAGCAGAAAAUGGCUCAACUAUUUAAGCGCGACCUGAACGCAAUCCAGCACAAGGAGUAUUGCGAAACUCUCGCCGGGGGUGGCACCAGCAAGCUCUUAGAGUUUUACAGGAGGUUGACUACGGACUUCGAUCAGAUGCGGAAGGCUUGCGGAUUCGGUGUCGUCGUCGAAGAGUGUUGA